AGCGAAAACGCCUCAGCUCUUCUGUGGAAGAUGCUUUAAAUAAAUUACUUUAUAAGUUUGCUGCAUAUGUUGAUGCGUCUGAGAGAGGCUAUAACGAGCUUCUGAAAAAAUACAUAUGGCUAAAAAACCAAGAGAACUUAAGAGAAACUAAUAUGGAGAUGGUCGCUCAGCAGUUAAUAUCUCUCGAAAGAAAAACAAGAACUUUUUCUGAACUAGUUAGAGAUAAAAUUGAUGGAGAAACAGAGGCGGCUCUUCAACACUUGGAUUCGGAAGAAGACGAGUUUUACGAUGCAGUGGACCACAAUUCUGCCCUCCUAAAAAAGUCCUCUCCAGAAACUCCCAACGCUUCGGAAGGAAGUCAACUCCAAGAAAAAGUCAUGGAUUUAAGCAGUUACCGCACACAGCUUCCUUCGAACAAAAGUAACAAACCGCUCAAUGUUUGGAAGUUUUUGAAGGAUUGUAUAGGAAAAGAUUUUUCGAAAAUUGCAAUGCCCAUUGUUCUUAAUGAGCCUUUAUCUGGAACUCAAAGAUUUGCUGAGGAUCUCGAAAAUGCAUACCUGCUUACUAGAGCCGCCCAACAGGCGACCUCGGUCGAGCGACUACUGUAUAUUUGCUGCUUUGUGGUCGCUUUAUACAAAAAUACAAGUCGAACGGGAAAGCCUUUCAAUCCACUCCUUGGGGAAACGUACGAGUUUGACCUCAUGGAGGACCGCAACUACGGUUUCCGUGUGUGCUGCGAGCAAGUAAGCCACCACCCUCCUAUCACGGCUGUCCACGCGGAAGGCAACGGUUGGACCUUUUAUAAGCAGGUGGAUCUGAAAAGUCGGUUUCGAGGAAAAACGUUGGAAAUCACUCCAGUGGGUACACUACACGUGCGCAUGGGACAAGAACAUUACACGUGGUCAUGCCUGACAUCAACCGUAAAUAACAUCAUCAUAGGGACUCUCUGGGUGGAUGCUGGAGGAGAACUUUUAAUUAAAAACCACCAAACUAAAGAUUAUGCUGUUUUAAAUUUUGAAAGAUACUCGUACUUCAGUUCAAGCAAGAUUGGCACAAUAAAGGGGACGGUCUAUAGUGACGGGGACACACCACAUUUUGAUAUUGUAGGCAACUGGAAGGACGGCAUCGCCUCUGCCAGGCCACAUGGAAAAGAAAAAUACCAAACUUUAUGGGAAAAGUUCGCUCCUCCUUCCAACUAUGAAAAGCAAUUCUAUUUCUCAAAGUUUACGAUUAUUCUUAACGAGCUAAGGCCUGGCAUGGAAAGUUGCCUGCCCAAAACGGAUGCCCGUUUUAGGCCAGACUUGCGGGCUUACGAAGAGGGAAAAGUGGAGAAAGGGCAAUCUAUCAAAGACUGGCUUGAGGAUAAGCAGAGGCAGCACAAAAAAGAAAGAGAAGCAAAAGGCGAGAAAUGGAAACCGCUAUGGUUCGAGUAUAAAUAUGACAACGACCUCAACGAAUUCUGCUGGCUUUUUACAGGAGAAUACUGGAAGAGAAACUUCGAGAAAGUCCCAGAUAUAUACUAG